AUGCGGUGUGCUGGACUAACAAACCAGCUUCAAUACUACUUAGAAGUACGUAAACAUUGCCAGGAGUUUCGCUGUGUCACAACCGAGGUAGCGAAGAUAUUAAGCGGAGCUGCACAAGACGACAUACUGUCCAAACAACUGCAGAUAGUGAAGCUCGAGCUGGAAGCGGUUCUGAAGUUACAGAGAUGGGAUGAGCUCGACAGCCUUUUUGAGCAAUGUUGGACCUGCAAGAGCUCAGAUCGUUACGAAACACUGGCAGAUUUGGUCCUUGUUAUCCAUUCGUCUCUCGUGCAAGCCAAUGCGGAUGCGAGAUACCAAGGCAAAGCUUUGUCGAUGCUGCAGAAGAUAAUCAAUUUGACGUCGCGACAAAACGGUAGCGAUGUCACGAGACUAUCGCGUUGGCUUCGAUGUCUUUUCGAAUCUACCCUCACAUUCGAUGAAACCAUCAGCCUCAAGUGCCUCGAUCAGGCUACGCAAAUUGCAGCGAAGAAAUAUGGGCGUCCGCAUCUGUCUGGUGCCUUAUUGUCAUCCAUGGCCACCCCUCCCCCAAGUCCUGUAAAGCUCGAACAUGACGUCGAUUCAACUGACGAGAAGCUAAAGCAGCCCGAUCGAUACCCGGCUACAGAACUUGAGUGGCUAGCCACGUCGUCUUUCAAUCGUGCUGUGGACUAUUACUUGGCAGACAACGAUACGUUGUGUAAAGAAUGGGCGGAGAAAGCUAUGACAGUUGCGCAGUGGCUCGAGGACGAUGGACGCCUAAGAGAUCUGCUGAUGGGAAAGUUCUCGGCUUUGCAGUUCGACAAAUAA